AUGCGAAUCCUCGCGCUGGCGAGCAUACUGCCCCGCGCUGAGAACAUAAAGAGCAGUGCUACACCCUUUUUUCACUUGUGCCUUUCAGGUGAACGAGAGCCACUGACCGACAAGAACAAAACCGACCCGGGAGACUUGGGCAAUAGCCUCGAUCCUGUGUAUCAAUCCGUCGAUUCUGCCAGUGAAGGAAUGAAGCAGCCCUCGAUUUUCUGUUUAUUCCCCUUGCUUUUUAUCUCAGUUAUCGGUGUGAACCGGGAAAAUUUCAAAACCUGCCAGACGAGCUCGUUUUGCAGCAGACAGCGUGAUGUCGAUCCAGAACAUAUACGAUAUUUCAUUGAACCAGGGUCCCUACGAAUAAGCGCGUUUGGUUUGACAGCCAAUUUGUCAAGAAACCCUGGCACACAGUCUCUCUUUAUCGACAUAUCCUACCUGGCCUUUUCAACUUUUCGCGUACUGAUAGACGAGCCGGGUAUUGAGCCAAAGAGGUACCGACUUCCACCGGGCGACUCCUUGCGUACCGAACCGAAAAAGUAUACCAUCGAUGUCGUUCGCUCAGAGCAGUCAGCUUCGCUUUUUGGAAUAGCGAACGACAAGGCGAUAAUAUCUUUAAAUCCCUUCAGAAUCGAUUUUUAUGUGGAUGAGGUGGUUGUUGCACAGUUCAACCACAGAAACCUUUUCAAUUUUGAAAACAAAUACGUCACGGAUGCACGUCAGGAUACUGAAACCGCAGAGCCACUUGAUCGACAAGUCGAAGAUCCUUCGAUAAAUUUGUCGGGGUCUUCUGAAGCCUAUGAAGCACCGGAUCAUUCGGUAGAAUCCCUCUCAGGGAAAAACAGUGAAAUGGACAUCGCAAAGGAUAAUGAUGUUUUAGAACAUGAAACUGCUAGCAGCUCUGAACAAACCGAAGCGCAUGAGAAUGAGCCGGAACCUACUGUAAACUCUCCAGCUGAUCCGUUCCCUUGGUCAGAGGAAUUUAAGGGACACCGUGAUACCCGCCCGUUCGGGCCAAUGUCUAUUUCUAUGGACAUAGACUUUCCUGGUUUUUCCCGCGCCUACGGAAUACCGGAGCACGCAGACAGUUUUGUCCUCAAAUCCACGGAAGGUGGUGAUCCUUAUCGUCUGUACAAUUUAGACGUCUUCGAAUAUGAAUUAAAUAACCCAAUGGCGCUUUAUGGAUCAGUUCCCAUCAUGUGGACCCUGAAUGAAAAUCAUACUGUGGGCAUUUUUUGGCAUAAUCCAUCUGAGACUUGGGUAGAUGUGGCCUAUUCUGAUCGUCCUGCUGAUAGUUUUCUGUCAAAGAUUCCAAGGUUAUUCACCAAAUCUCCCGAAAAACACGUGAAAACACGUUGGUUGUCCGAAAGUGGUGUGCUAGACGCAUUCGUCGUGCUAGGUCGAGACCCACACGCGGUUUCGCGGGCAUUCGCUCACCUGAUUGGUACCACUCCUCUUCCACCGUUGUUCGCUCUUGCUUAUCAUCAGAGUCGAUGGAAUUAUAACGACGAAGCGGAUGUUCUUUCUCUGGAUCAACGGUUUGACGAAGUUGCAAUACCAUUGGAUGUAGUUUGGCUAGAUAUUGAACACACGGAUGGGAAACGUUACUUCACCUGGGAUAACGUGAAAUUUCCUAACCCUGAAGACAUGGUAGAUACACUGAAUAAGAAGGGACGGAAACUGGUCACUGUCGUGGAUCCUCAUAUUAAACAAGACUCGAAUUGGCAACUGUAUAACUCUGCCGCUGGAAACAACUAUUAUAUUAAGUCACGUGAGGGCUCUGAUUAUGUCGGUUGGUGCUGGCCUGGUUCAAGUGCUUGGCCCGACUUCACCAGUCCUGUUGUUCGGCGAUGGUGGUCAGAGCUGUUUCUUACUUAUGGCCCGAUUCGUGUAAACACGAUGUUCACGUGGAAUGACAUGGGAGAACCAUCCAUAUUCAACGGUCCGGAAAUAACGAUGCAUAAGGAUACAAUUCACGAGGGCAAUCGCGAACACAGGGACGUGCACAAUAUCUACGGUCUUCAAGUCCAUCGUGCCACCUGGGAGGGAUUGUUGUUGCGUUCGAAAAAUCAGGAACGACCGUUUGUUCUAACCCGUGCAUUUUUUGCCGGAUCACAACGCACAGCUGCAGUCUGGACUGGAGACAACACGGCCAGUUGGGGACAUUUGCAAAUCUCCACUCCAAUGCUGUUGUCACUGUCGUUAACUGGAAUAACUCUCUGUGGUGCCGACGUAGGAGGUUUCUUUGGCAACCCUGAACCCGAGCUGUUGACACGUUGGUACCAAGCUGCGGCUUUCCAACCGUUUUUCCGGUCACAUGCACAUAUCGAUACGAAGCGUCGUGAGCCAUGGACGCUGCCAGAGGAGUAUAUGAACGCUGUUCGUGAGGCUGUCGUAGAGCGCUAUAAUUUGCUACCAUACUGGUAUACAACGUUUGCUCGGGCCGAGGCAGACGGACAACCGGUGAUGGCACCUGUAUGGUAUCAUUUCCGACAUAUGCCUUCGACAUACGAUUUGGAAGACGAAUACAUGAUUGGUGAGGCUUUGCUGGUUCGACCGGUCACCUCCGAGGGUGCACGAUAUGUUGAUGUCUACUUUCCCCCUGGGGUUUGGUACCACUACCCAACGUUGAAAGACUUCGACGGUAACCAAAAGGUUCAUUUUCCGGUCGGUUUGUCAACUAUACCUGCGUUCUAUCGCGGAGGUUGGAUCGUGCCGAGACGUCAGCGUGUUCGUCGUUCCUCAUGGCUGAUGCAAUGGGAUCCAUUCACCUUGUAUGUCUUCAUAGACCCCAAUUCUGAUCGUUCUCAUGGUUACCUGUAUGAUGAUGAUUAUCAUUCAAUCUCCCGUGAGACAGCACAAUUUUACCGCAUCGAAUAUGAGGUUGACCGCGAUCCACUUUCCAAUAAAGUCGCCGGUGGUCGUAUGCGUGCUCAUCUACUCCCGUUGCCAGGCACGACAGUCUUACCACAGGUUAACACAUCUCUGCGGAGUGUUUCUAUUGAACGCAUUGUAUUUGUGGGAAUGCAACUACCUCUACAGCGAGUCACGCUCAUCACUGGCUUGGGCGAACGUAAGCCUGUACGCUUCACUCAGGAGCCGACCGACCUGGCUGACCAUAAAUACUUCGGUGAGAGAAAAGAAGGUGUGGUUAUCACACGUCACCCCUGGUUGAUUUUGACUACCGACUGGUCUUUGCAUCUUGUUACUGGCACCGAAAUGAAAUCCGAAUUGUGAUGGAAUGCACCGGUUAUCUUAUGUUGUGCUGUUGACUUUUCCAAAUCCACACCGCACAUCCCUACCAUAGUUCCACUUUGAAGUUCUUCACCCAAAUUGUCGCCUCUUUUACACGACCUUCAUUAUUGCUGUGUACCCCCCAGCUUUUGCCCAAACGCGAAAUCCUGGAACUGUACGCCCCGUUUUCGUAUAGUUCGCUCUCCGAAAGACCUGGGAUGCAAUUAAGUAUCUUCAGAUGAACUGUCAUUCUGUGGAUGUGAUGUUUGACGGAGCGCUGCUGCGAACACCACUGAAUUUGGAUAAUAGGUUGCUCUUCUAAUUUUUCCAGCUCGUCGGAACGAGGGUUAAUUAGCAAGGUGCUGCUCACUCAUGUUUAGUUCAAGCGCAUUUUGGGGACAGUCGCUUGUGACCCAAGCUAUCCGCGUUCGGUCAAGUGCCCUAAACAGCUGUUAGCAUUUGUGAGACCAUAGCUUUAAUCUUAACGCUUCCAAACCUUACCUGAUUCGAUUGUACUAACCCUGGUGAAAUUAAACGAAGACAGGGCAUACUUCUUUGGCAGCAUUCUAGUUUAGUCACUGUUUGUGUGCCAAAAACUGAAAAUAGUAUGUGAUCUGAUUGGCGCUGUCGAACAGUGCUGGUACUUGGACAACUUGUUGUCACGUGUGAAGCGCAAGAUUGUUCCAUGUAAUCAGUUUAAAUGAUGUUUUGCCUGUUUUGUUUUCGUUCCGGUCACUCUUGAUACUAAUUCUUUCACAAACAGG